CAUUUACUUUCUAUAAGGAAUCCAUUAACACCCAACUUCUUACUUCUUUCUGCAUGUCUUUAUUGGGAUUAUGGACUGUUUCUGAUAGAUUGAGAGAGUACAAAUUGAUUUCAACUUGUCAAUGCCAUUUUGAAGAAGAGUACUACAAUGCACGAAUUGGACGCUUUACUCUCAACAGCGUCAUCACUAUCUAUGUUACAGUUUGAUGGCAAUUCUAUAUAACAAUGACUGUACGACAUGCAACUCUUUCACCUUUUCUUCCCUAGAAGUGAGCCUUGGUCCAACGAUCUUGAAUUCAAGAGAAAGAAGAGAUGCCAAUGACUUGCCCGCCAACUCCCUUCCGGCCAUUAUCGAAAUGCAGUUAUCUGUGAAUGGAGUCAAGCAACACUUGGUAAGAAGUGGCUCGAGUGAUUGGAAGAAGUGCAUGGAGCUAAGCUGGUUGGAAAACCCUUUUGCUUCUUUAAAAAUAAAUGUCAAUGAAUUCAUCUUGGCCAUUCUUGGAGUUCUUUGAGCAGUGGCUUCAAUUCUAGUCUUCAGGGCUUUACUUAAUUAGUCCAAACUGUUAAGCGGACCUAAAUACAAAGGUUCUUCCAUGAUGUAUACGGAGAAGACCUUUGGGAUACUAUUAUGGGAUUUACUAUUUGCUACAUUUGGGUGCUGUAACUACUGUAACGUCAUCUUCUUGCAUCAUAUUAAAAUCCCUUUUACUCUUAUAUCCGUAGA